AUGGAUGUGAAGCUCCGAACGGCUCGUUCUUUAGUCUCCAAGCUCAGCUCCGUCUCCGAACAGACCCGAUCCGAAGCCCUGAAAGAGCUCCGACUCAUCACCAAGCACGACGCCGACAGCCGCCCCCUCGUCGCCGACGCCGGCGCUAUUCCUUACCUGGCCGAGACUCUCUUCGGCUCCUCCCCUGACUUCCAAGACGACGCCGCCGCUACUCUCCUCAACAUCUCCAUCUCCUGCCGCCACAGCCUCAUUUCCACGCGCGGCCUCCUCGACGCGAUCUCCCACGCGCUUCGCCACCACAGCUCCCCGACCUCCUCCGCCACCGCCGUCCAGUCCUCCGCCGCUACUCUCCACAGCCUCCUCGUCGUGGAGGACUACCGGCCAAUCAUCGGCGCCAAGCGCGACAUUGUCUACUCGCUGAUCGACAUCGUCAAAAGCCCUAAGUCGCCUCCGAGGUCGGUCAAGGACGCGCUCAAAGCUCUGUUCGGAAUCGCUCUCUGCCCCUCGAAUCGGGCCUCGCUGGUGGAGCUCGGGGCGGUUCCCGCGCUUUUUACUCUGGUGGUGAACGACGGCCGCCUCGGGAUCGUGGAGGACGCGACGGCGGUGAUUGCGCAGGUGGCUGGGUGCGAGGAGAGCGCGGACGCGUUUCGGAGGGUCGCCGGAGUUAGGGUUCUGGCCGACCUUCUGGAUUUCUCGACCGGGUCGAGCUUGAGGAGCAGGGAGAAUGCAGUGUCGGCGCUGCUCAAUUUGACUCGGUGCGGCGGCGAGAGGGCGGUGGUGGAGGUGAGGGAGGAGGGAUUGGGGGUGGUGGAUGGGAUUGCUGACGUGGCGGAGAAUGGAGGUCCGAAAGGGAAGAGCAAAGGGGUGGCGCUGUUGAAGGUGAUUGAUGGCGGGAAUAGAAGCAUUUCGAGUAUAUUCAGAGAUCCACGGUUUGAUUCUUUGCUAAGACAAUCUUCCUUGAAUUGA